AUGUCGGAUCGUAUAACGCCGUCGUUUGAGUCUGGCCCAUCAAUUGGGAAUUACGUCACCGUCAGAGUUUCUACGCGCGCUGAUGGGAAAGCCUUAAUAACGUGUCCUUGGCCCGGUUGUGAUGAACAGUACAUGACACUUGGGCCUUUCUAUAACCAUAUAAUGACGACCCAUUGGGAGCUAGGGGACUGGCUCAGGGGAAAUAUGAGUCAACUGGAACGGCUUCUCGCUUGUAAUUUGCACGUUGGCAGAGUAGACUCUCCGUCCAGCAACCCGGCGUUAUCCCGGCCCCCAAAUAACAACGGUUCUAGUUACCUAUUCCCAGACAUUGGCCCCAGCUUAAUUGCAGCGAACCCCCCCUAUUCGCAUAUGCCUCAAGGGGGUAGACUCGGGACGGGCGAUUGUCGGACCCGGCGAUUAGUUCCAGAUGCUCUCCAGCGACAGUUUCCUACGGGAGGAUCGCUUUCGGCCGUCUCAACUUAUGCUACCCGAUCCCCGCCUGGGUCAGACUCCCACCAAGCCACACCUCAAAGGCGUAGAUUCCCGAUGGGUUCUAUGCACUCCCAGCCCCAGCCCCAGCCCCAACCUCAGCAAUUCGCCAUGGCUGCACAGCAGCAGUGGCCUCCUUCCACAGAAGAACCCCCCUCAACGAUCUCGUCUUACCCUACCCAAAUCCCAGCUUCGUCGAACCCCGACUACUACAACCAACCUAGGCUCCAGAGGCGUGCAUAUGAUACCUAUUCUGCUCAGCACGAGCCCCAGCAGCUUACUACAAGUGUACCGCAACAAUGGCCUUCUAUCAGAAGUGCUCCCUCAGCAACCAUGUCUGAUUAUACCCGAUCUUUGACAACGCCUGACAAUGGCGUGGAUUUCUCGUUUGACUACUCUCUCCUUUCAGAUCGUGAUAAUUGGUUUACCUCGCCGGCUGGAUCUUCGAAUUAA